CUGGGGAAGACAGAGAAGAGGGGAUUCUAGUCUUCACAACGCUCUUCACCCGCAGGGACUCAAGCGACCCAACUUUGAUUUUGCUGGGGGGCGCGGGGAGCGGUGCGAAUGUCCGAAAACAAGGCAGUAACCUUUGGAGCAGUCAAGGAAGAGGGGGCUGCGAGUCCUGACUUCUAGGAUCCUCGUGGUGGACGGGGCUGAGCACAAAUGUUCAGCUUCCUUUUGGAUGCUGGUACCCGGAGGCUGCGGAGGACUGCCCCGGAUUCUGACCUCAGCUAUUUUUCACCCCACGGUGAAGGCUGCGGUCUCACCUGCGAGGUGUGUAACGGCCCCGAGGACACGUGCAGCGGGAAAAUGAAGCAGUGCGAGCAGGGCAAGGACACGUGCGCGAUUAUCGUGAGCGAGUCCCACGAAAAGGGCCCUUACGUGAGCACCGUCAAGGCCUGCAUGAAAUCCAGAGACUGCCACACGGGCUACGUGUCCACCACCAUGGGACCCAAUAACUACAUGGUGACCAACACGCAUUGUUGCCAGAGCGAUGGCUGCAACCGUGGCUCCGUGCCUGCUCCCCAGUACAAUCGCACCGUGAAUGGCCUGCUGUGCCCCUCCUGCGUGGUGCCCUUCCGGGAUACGUGCGCGGCCACACAGCUAGCCCAGUGCGUCGGCCAGGAAACGCACUGCAUCUACUUGGCCGGCAGAGCGAAGGCUGGAAUCAUCAGUGCCAAGUUUGCCACUCGGGGCUGUGCCACGGAGAGUGCCUGCCGCACGAAGGCUGGGGCCGAGGUGCCCUCAGCCUCCUACCACUACUUCCUCCACCGGGCAGACUGCCACGAAGCCACCACCUUGCCCUAUGGCAGGGCUGAGUGAAGGACUGAGGACUACGUGUGGCUUGAGGUCCCCGUUUGUCCUCAGCAUGCAGCCUGCCAUGUGCUUAUAAAUUAAAGCUGACAGAGGAAGCCUGAGUCCUUGUGACACGGUGCAUCUCGGGGAGGCGGGCUGCAGAGGGUUUAAGCCUUGGUCUUCCUUUCUGACUUCCUCUCUCCAAGGAAGAGGGGGAGGUCCUGCCUUUUACAGAGAGACAGUCAUUAUUGUCAGGACCUGUGCUAAGGUUUUCCUUGCUACCCCUCAUUUUACAAUCAUAAUGGCUCUAUGAAAUUGAUAUUAUUAUCCCACUUUACAGACUAACAAACUGAGGCAAAUCCUGAGUGUCACUUGCCUGGGUCAGCUAGGAAGAAUCAGAACCCUGACUUGAACCUCAGUCUAUCACACUUCAGAGUCCUUGAUCAACUCUCCUGAUUAACCUCUCCCUCUGUUUGCUUCAGUUUUCAUUUCUGCAGAAUGUGGAUGUCAAUAGUUAUAACCUCUUGGGAAUUGGUAUGAGAUAAAUGAAACAUGAAAACACUUAGUGCAGUGCCUGCCACCUUGAAGAGAAUGAUGGUUCUUCCGACAAUGUCUGAAUAAAUAGUAAUCACCAUAAUAGCUGCCACUUACUCAGUGGUCAUUAGUGGGCAGGUGCUAAGCAUUACGGCAGUCAGGACAGACAAGAUUAUGCUAUAGUAACAAACAAGUCCCUAAUCUCUGGUUUAAAACAACAACAUUGUAUGAGUCACCAAAUGUUUCAGUACUGCCUCGUAAUAAACCGUCUCCAACCUGA